UCUCUCUUACGCGUCUUUAUUUCCACACACACAACACUUUUUUCUCUUUCUCUAUCUAUCUCUCUCUGUUCUUGUUGUGUUGUGUGUGUGCGUUGUAUUCUACUCUCUCUCUCUUCACUUUCUCUCUCUAAAAAUACGUUGCCAUAGAUUUGGAGCAGCCGUCGGUGCUCAAUUUUUCAUUCUUAUACUCUCUUCUUGUUAUCAGUUAUCAAUUGCAGAACAAAAAAGAAAAAGAGUGGGAUAUUUUGGAUCGGUUAUUGAUUUUUCAUGUGACGGUUGUUGGUAAUGGUGAUGGUGGUGGUUGGAGGCAAUGCGAAAGUGGAUCUCGUGACAGACUUGCUUUGAUUCCAGAAACCAGAAGCUACUGAGAGGAGAGGACUAAGCAGAACAAAGCAAGCAGUGUUUGUUUGUUUGAUUGAGGCUGAGGCAAGAUGCACACUGGAGGAAGACUUGUUGCUGGUUCUCAUAACAGGAACGAGUUCGUCCUCAUCAAUGCCGAUGAGAAUGCACGGAUUAAGUCUGUCCGGGAACUGAGUGGGCAGAUAUGUCAGAUUUGUGGGGAUGAGAUAGAGGUCACAGUGGAUGGGGAGCCCUUUGUUGCUUGCAAUGAGUGUGCUUUCCCUGUUUGUCGGCCUUGCUAUGAGUAUGAAAGAAGAGAGGGGAAUCAGGCAUGUCCCCAGUGUAAGACCAGAUACAAGCGUAUCAAAGGUAGCCCCCGUGUUGAGGGCGAUGAAGAUGAGGAUGAUAUUGAUGACUUGGACAAUGAGUUUGAUUAUGGGGAUCCUGAUGCUUUUGGCCCCAUGCCAAAUUCAGAUUCAUUGUUUUCUGGACGCCUUAACACCGGGCGUGGUUCUAAUUCUAAUAUAUCUGGCAUCCCAACAAAUUUGGAAAAUGGCUCUCCUCCUGUCAAUUCCGAAAUCCCACUCUUGACUUAUGGGGAGGAGGAUCCUGAGAUAUCUUCUGAUAGACACGCUCUGAUUGUUCCCCCAUAUAUGAAUGGGAGCAGAGUCCAUCCCAUGCCCUAUACUGAUCCAUCUAUUCCAGUGCAACCGAGACCAAUGGUGCCAAAGAAGGACAUUGCAGUAUAUGGGUAUGGCAGUGUGUCUUGGAAAGACAGGUUGGAAGAUUGGAAGAAAAGGCAGAAUGAAAAGCUUCAGGUGGUGAAGCAUGAGGGGGGCAACAAUGAUGGAAAUUAUGGCGAUGAGUUUGAUGAUCCCGAUUUGCCCAUGAUGGAUGAAGGACGGCAACCACUUUCUAGGAAGCUACCUAUCCCUUCAAGCAAGAUAAAUCCAUACAGAAUGAUCAUAGUGCUCCGUCUUGUAAUCCUUGGGCUUUUCUUCCACUAUAGAAUCCUCCACCCAGUUAAUGAUGCAUUUGGUUUGUGGUUGACAUCAGUCAUCUGUGAAAUAUGGUUUGCUGUAUCAUGGAUAAUGGAUCAAUUUCCAAAAUGGUACCCAAUACGUCGGGAAACAUACCUUGAUCGUCUCUCUCUUAGGUAUGAAAAGGAAGGGAAGCCAUCAGAGUUAUCUAGUGUCGAUGUCUUUGUCAGUACAGUUGAUCCCAUGAAAGAACCACCGCUGAUUACAGCAAACACUGUGUUAUCUAUUCUGGCCGUUGACUAUCCAGUUGACAAAGUUGCUUGCUAUGUAUCAGAUGAUGGUGCAGCCAUGCUUACUUUUGAAGCACUUUCUGAGACAUCUGAAUUUGCUCGGAGAUGGGUUCCGUUUUGUAAGAAAUAUAAUAUUGAGCCCCGGGCCCCAGAAUGGUAUUUUGGGCAGAAGAUUGACUAUCUGAAAAACAAAGUGCAUCCAGCAUUUGUCAGGGAAAGGAGAGCAAUGAAGAGGGAUUACGAAGAAUUUAAGGUGAGAAUUAACAGUUUGGUCGCAACCGCACAAAAGGUUCCUGAGGAUGGAUGGACCAUGCAGGAUGGGACUCCUUGGCCUGGAAAUAAUGUGAGGGAUCAUCCUGGCAUGAUUCAGGUCUUCCUUGGCCAGGAUGGUGUUCGUGAUAUUGAAGGAAAUGAGUUACCCCGAUUGGUCUAUGUUUCUAGAGAAAAAAGGCCAGGCUUUGACCACCACAAAAAGGCUGGGGCUAUGAAUGCUCUGGUACGAGCAUCAGCAAUUAUCUCAAAUGCGCCUUAUCUUCUGAAUGUUGAUUGUGAUCACUACAUUAACAAUAGCAAGGCACUUAGGGAAGCCAUGUGUUUUAUGAUGGACCCUCAAGCUGGGAAGAAGAUUUGCUAUGUACAAUUUCCCCAAAGAUUUGAUGGUAUUGAUCGUCAUGAUAGAUACUCAAACAGGAAUGUUGUAUUUUUUGAUAUCAACAUGAAAGGGUUGGAUGGAAUACAAGGUCCAAUUUAUGUCGGAACUGGAUGUGUUUUCAGAAGGGUAGCACUAUAUGGAUAUGACGCACCUGCUAAGAAGAAGCCCCCAAGCAAAACCUGUAACUGUUGGCCAAAAUGGUGCUGCUGCCUGUGUUGUUUUGGUUCUAGAAAGAAAAAGAAUGGAAGUACCAAGGAGAAAAAGAAGAAGGUGAAGCACAGCGAAGCAUCAAAACAGAUACACGCACUUGAAAAUAUUGAGGCAGGGAACGAAGAUUCUGUUUCAGGAUCCAACAAUUUGAAGCCAUCCAACAUGUCCCAAAUGAAGUUGGAGAAGAGGUUUGGGCAGUCUCCAGUGUUUGUAGCCGCCACACUCUUGGAAAAUGGUGGAGUUCCACAUGGCAUUAGUCCUGCAUCACUUUUGAAAGAAGCUAUCCAAGUUAUCAGCUGUGGUUAUGAAGACAAAACCGAAUGGGGAAAAGAAGUUGGAUGGAUAUAUGGUUCUGUGACAGAGGAUAUCUUGACUGGAUUCAAAAUGCACUGUCAUGGUUGGCGGUCUGUGUAUUGUAUCCCCAAGCGUCCUGCAUUCAAGGGGUCAGCUCCUAUCAAUCUUUCAGAUCGUCUACAUCAAGUUCUUCGGUGGGCUCUUGGGUCUGUUGAGAUAUUUUUCAGCAGACAUUGUCCAAUCUGGUAUGGCUAUGGUGGUGGUUUAAAGUGGUUGGAACGAUUCUCAUAUAUCAAUUCCGUUGUAUAUCCCUGGACUUCCCUCCCAUUGCUGGUCUACUGUACUCUACCAGCCAUAUGCCUUCUAACCGGAAAAUUCAUUGUACCCGAGAUUAGCAACUAUGCCAGUCUUGUGUUCAUGGGCCUCUUCAUAUCGAUUGCAGCAACUGGUAUCCUUGAGAUGCAGUGGGGUGGUGUUACCAUAGACGACUGGUGGAGGAAUGAACAGUUUUGGGUGAUUGGAGGUGUUUCUUCACAUCUUUUUGCCCUGUUCCAAGGUUUGCUGAAGGUUUUGGCUGGUGUCAACACAAAUUUCACUGUCACCUCAAAAGCAGCCGACGAUGGAGAAUUCUCGGAGCUCUAUCUCUUCAAGUGGACAUCACUGUUGAUCCCUCCAACUACGUUAUUGAUCAUAAACAUUGUUGGUGUCAUUGUUGGUGUGUCAGAUGCCAUUAACAAUGGUUAUGACUCAUGGGGACCUCUGUUUGGUAGGUUAUUCUUUGCAUUGUGGGUGAUCAUCCAUCUGUAUCCAUUCCUCAAGGGUUUACUUGGUAAACAAGACAGGAUGCCCACCAUUAUAUUGGUGUGGUCGAUCCUGCUGGCCUCCAUCUUGACUCUCAUGUGGGUUCGCAUCAACCCGUUUGUGUCAAGAGAUGGCCCUGUCUUGGAAAUUUGUGGAUUAAGAUGUGAUGAGUCUUGAAUAAGAGAGCUGAAGGUGUUUCUCAGCUAUACUGUAUGUUGAAGAAGCAGGGCGUGGUGUUGGAUACGCACGCAUCAAAAGGGUUUCACGAAUUUUUGGGUGGGAAGUUGUAUUUUUCGGUUGUGUAGAUAAAGAGGAAGGAGAUAAAGUGGGGGGAGAAGGGGUGGCCGAUACAUUGUUACCUGUAAUAGGGGUUUUUCAUUUAUUCUUUGAUUAUAUUCUGUGCGUUUUAGUGUUAUUCUCUUUCCCGUUUGAUGUAUUCUUAUAAGAAAGAGCAUUGAAUGAUAAAUUAUUCCCUCUUAAAAAUGAGGGAACUCAAGAAUCAGUUGUCAUAUUUGAAGUAUCGUUCUUGUUUAAAAACUUUGGGGACAUGGACUAUCUUCCUCAUUUGUAAUACCAUCAGCUAUGGAUAUUCUUGUUCCUCA